AUGGUGGACAAGACGUAUUUGUUCACGUGUCAAUUCAAUGAAAAAGUUCAAUUCUACUCCACUUUCGGUUCAAUCCGACAAUAUCCAACCAUUUGCACGCCACUCUGGUGCUGCUGGGACGAGUACAGCACGAAGGCACUGAUUGCUGGGACGACAGAGCAGCUGCCCGACCGGUUGUCAGAUGUUCACGCUGGCGUUCAGAUGCUGAUGAUCAUGCAGACUGUGUUUGGCGUCCGUGUCCAGCCGAGCCUUGAUAGCGACCCUGUUGCCGAGGAGGCGAAGUGA